UUUGAUAGAAGGUUGCACAGUUUUUGAAAACUUCCUGUGUGUUAGCGUGGAGUGGAUCCUGUAAAAUCUGUCUCCAGACAGUGCACUAGAACAUAACCUUUUAUAAUGGCUGAUGGAGAUAACAAAGGUCAUGAAAAUGGCAAGUUGGAAGAUGUGACUGAAAGCCGUGAUAAGGGUGUAGCUGCAAUUAAACCUCAGUUUUUAACUACUAAGGAACAGUUACACACUUAUAUUGAUAAUGAUGGUAAAGAGGAUAUAAAGCAGGAAGCUGCUGCUGAAAUCAGUGUGACUACUGAGGAUCUCACAGAACCGGAAGCAAAAAAGAUUAAGCUUGAUGAUGCUAGCAGCAGCUAUGACGAGCAAAACCGAAGAGGAAAAGAGGACAAACAAGAAAAAAAGAGAGCAAGAGGGCAAAACAAGAAUAGGCCUCAUAUGAAACAUUAUGAGUUUGAACAAAAGAGAUUGUGCCCUUCAGUUACACAGGAAUGUGCCAGUAAAUGUUUCUUCGGUGAAAAAUGUAAAUUUUUGCAUGACGUUAGUAAAUAUAUGGCAGACAAACCAGCAGAUAUUGGUCCUAACUGUCACCUGUUUCAAACUCUUGGGAAAUGCAUUUAUGGGGUCACUUGUCGUUUUGGAAAGUCGCAUACAGAUGAGAAUUUUAAAAACAUUAUUAACGAAGAACUUGUGAAGCAAAAGGAAGGAAAGCUUUUUGUGAAGAAUAGCCUAACCAAAGACAUACAGCAGCAGUUACGGAAAAGGAAAUAUAGUUUUGAAAAAUCAGACCAUUAUUUAAAAUUUUUGAACAAAUCAAAGAAAUUGGGAAACUCAAAAAGCAAGCCUGAGCCCUGUGUGGCGCAACAAGUGAACAGUGGCGAGGCAACUAUACACGAUCAGGAAAAUAUAUGUACAGAGAAGACCGUAAAUGACGGAAAAACCCUUGUUCCUGAAUGCUCAGUUCAGGAGGAUUCUGCCAAGCAAAAUUCACCUGAUGCACAAACUAAUACAGUGGUAGCAACAGCAGGAACGGUGACAGAUGAAGACAUUAUAAAGCUCAGACCAUGUGAGAAGAAAAAUAUUGACUUCAGGAAAAAACUUUACCUUGCACCAUUAACAACGUGUGGCAAUUUGCCUUUCAGAAGAAUAUGCAAACGUUAUGGAGCAGACAUUACUUGUGGAGAGAUGGCCAUGUGCACAAAUCUUCUUCAGGGCCAGCCUUCUGAAUGGGCACUUCUAAAGCGUCAUCAUUCGGAAGAUAUUUUUGGAGUUCAGAUCGAGGGUUCUUUUCCUGAUACUAUGACAAAAUGUGCUGAACUCCUUAACAAAACCAUCGAUGUAGAUUUUGUAGAUAUUAACGUAGGAUGCCCAAUAGAUUUGGUAUAUAAAAAGGGUGGUGGCUGUGGUUUAAUGACUAGAACUACCAAAUUUGAAGAAAUUGUUAAAGGAAUGAAUUGCGUUCUUGAUGUUCCACUGACUGUGAAAAUCAGAACUGGAGUUCAGGAAAAAGUCAAUCUUGCGCAUAAACUUAUUCCAGACCUUCGGGAUUGGGGAGUUUCAUUGAUUACUCUCCAUGGAAGAUCUAGAGAGCAGCGAUACACCAAACUUGCAGACUGGGAAUAUAUUGAUUACUGUGCUAAAAUAGCCAAUCCUCUUCCUUUGUUUGGAAAUGGAGACAUCUUGUCUUAUGAAGAUGCAAAUCAAGCCUUAAAGACUGGUGUCUCGGGAAUCAUGAUAGCCAGAGGGGCUUUGGUCAAACCAUGGCUUUUUACUGAGAUUAAAGAGCAGCGGCAUUGGGAUAUUUCAUCUGCUGAAAGAUUUGACAUUCUCAAAGACUUUACAUAUUACGGUCUGGAGCACUGGGGAUCAGAUGCUCAAGGAGUAGAGCGAACCAGGCGGUUUAUGCUGGAGUGGCUUUCCUUCCUGUGCAGGUAUAUUCCUGUUGGCUUAUUGGAACAUGUACCUCAGAAAAUAAAUGAGCGACCGCCUUACUACAUGGGUAGAGACUACAUGGAAACAUUAAUGGCCAGUCAGUAUGUCGCAGACUGGAUUAAGAUAAGUGAGAUGCUUUUGGGACCAGUUCCUCAGAAUUUCACCUUUCUACCGAAACACAAAGCCAACUCUUAUAAAUAAGAAAAUAUGUUUAUUUUUAUGUUGAAGAAUCAGAGAUAUGAGCUUUUAUUUGUUUUGUUUUUUAAAUAAAUGGUUAAAAGAG